UCGUGGACAAUAAACAAAAAAGGCGUAGUUCAACAAUCAAUCCACUCCAGCCAGUCAGUCAAGCUACUUUGUACUAAGUAAGUCUAGUCGAACUUUCAGCUGAGAAAAAUGGCUGGAAUGUGCCACUCUUGUGCCUGUUCUCGGGUCAGGCCAUCCAACCAGAUGCCGACCCGAUGUGUGAAGAACAAAAACCAAAUGCAACCAACUCAACUUAUACUACCGACAUCUAAUCUGACACGGACAUCCUGUCACUCUGCAGGUAAGCAUUUCUCCAUUCCUCCAUCCUUUCCCCCCUUCUCCAAUGUUUGCACUUGAUGUGUUCAUCAUCCGGAGAAAAUCAAACACGACUAACCGAAUUCCACCCCCUCUUGAGGCCCCUAGUUCGCUCAUCAACCGACAACCGUUGCCCG